UAAAGUGGCUGAAUGUGGUAGGAUUAAUUUGAAGUUUCUGUACGAUUUUCGUAAGGGCUUGUGUGUGUGUUGAUUAGGAAGUAUAUUGCUUGUCUUGUGGUUUAGACGGUAAAGUGGCUUAGUAUUUAAUAGUUUCUGUACGAUUUGGAAAGAAAGGGGAAAUGAGCAUUACUUGACUGGUGUGUAAAUGAUGGUUUACUUAGUAGCCAUUAUUAAGUGUCCUGUUUAUAGGAAGGAAAUGCGUAUGGUCGAAUGUCAGACGAUAAACGGUGCUACGGAACAUAUUUUUUACUCGUAUUUUGUGAAUUAAUGUGGCGAUGCCAGUAUACAAAUUCUAGUUCAGACAAUUUUAGGAAGUUUUUGGGUGCUGUUAAGGAAUUUUGUUUGACUGAAGACAUGUUAAUUCGUAAAUAAGAUCCCUUUCCCCAGUUAUCUGGAUAUAUUUGUCCUACAGAUCCCUUUCCCCAGUUAUCUGGAUUUUUCAGAUAGGCUGUGGUUUCAGUUACUCCAGCUAACUGAAUUCAUCUGUAUUUAUUCCACAAGUACUAUGAGACUGAAGUACUUUCUAAACGGGAAUGCAGAACUCAGCUGCGUUAUGAAUACUUAAGCUUUUCCUUUCUUCAAGUUCCGAAUAGCUAUGGAUGUGAAAACCUUUGUUUUAAAGGGAAAAUAUGCUGUUGGAGCCUGUCCUAAAGAAUAUAUACAUCCCGGGAAAUGUUCAAUGUGUAAUACUGAAGAUAUUUCUCUUGCUUUGCAUGGCUACACAUCGAGUCUGCAAAUACGAAAGAACUAGAAGUGACAAAAUAAAAUCCCCCCAAAAAUUUGCUGAUAAAGAAGUUAAUUGCAGUCCGAAACAUUUGAGCUUAAGAACUAAUGAGUUACCAAUGAAACAUUAUCAGUCUAAAUUCUAUACCAGACGAAGUGGGAGAUUUCAAGAAUUCAGACAUUCGAAUUUGUUUUCAUCUCCGUUUAUGAAUUUAGAGGCCACAGAAAUUAGACGAAGGCGUAGAAGCAUCCAAUCUCUGAAUGAAAAUACAAACAUGCGUCUUCAAGUCCUAUUUCAGUUGCAAAAACCUGGUUUAACUAAUGGAAGACAAGAAGAUUUUCACCAACAUCUCAUACGUCAAUUAGCGAAAACAAUUAGAGUUCCUAUACCCAGUAUUAGGAACGUGACAAUUAUGUCAGGAUCUCAAGUUUCUUUCACAUUAUCUGCUUUUAACGAUGAAAACAACAUUAUGGAUGACCAGACAGUGCACGAGGCUGCUGAUUUCUUAAAGACGAAAAUCAAAGCUCAGCAACUUCAAAUAACAGAUUUAAAUGGAGAGCUAUUGAUGACAGCGAGAAGUGUUUCAUUGGAAGCGGAAACGUGGGACAUAACGAUAGUGGCUUUGAUUGUGCUAUGCUUCACUUUGUUGAUGGUAGUUGUUCUGAUUAUAACAAUAGGAUACACAGCAAAACGUCUAUAUUUGAUGCCAAAGGCUUCAUCGGAUCUCACUAGCCGGACAUACCGGAAGCUAGAGUUUGGUCGAGAUUCUUCGCAGUCUGUUGGAAAGUAUUCCUAUGACAGUGGCUUAUGGCUCGGCCCUGGACCUGAACCUGCCUUUUCAGUACCAGAUGCUCCCUUUUACAGGCCACCGACAGUUGAACAGAUUACCUCAACACCGAGACCCAUGACGGCUGUGCGGACGGUUUUAAAGAGAAACUGGAAUAUUGAUGAACGAGCUCUCAGCACUAUUCCUGAUGACUACGGAAAACCACAUGCAUCAAGAGAUUCACAGCCUUCACAUUACAUUGACUGAUCUGUAAAAAGAAAAUUUGCUACUGUAAUUAUUCGAAAAAUAAAGAG